AUGGAACAUGGAGGCCGCAGAAGCCUGGAAUCACAUACUGUGUUCCGUCAGCUUCUAGAUGUCUCAUGUGAUUACCGACUAGGAGUAGACCACAAACUCCAAGUUUUAGAAGCACAGUUUAAAGAACUGGACUUCACCAAGGAUAGCCUGACACAGAAAUUUGAACAUCAUAGCAAGGCUUUGGCAAACCAGGCAGCCCACGAUGAACUGUGGACAGCAGUGCUGGCACUCAAAUUCACUUCAAUGGAACUGAGUAUUUUAUAUAGCUACGUCAUGGAAGUACUCAUCUGCUUGCACACUCGUGUGCUUGAGAAGCUGCCAGACCUGGUGAGAGGUCUUCCCACCUUAGCCUCUGUCCUAAGACGAAAAGUCAAGAACCAGCGUAUUAGAGGUGUUUGGGAGUCUGUCCUGGAGGAAAGUGGGCUGGAAGAAGGAGAUAUCACAGCACUUUGUACCUUCUUUAUUGCAUAUGGUAACAAGGCAGAAUACUAUGUUGCUAAAGUGAGGCAGAUGUAUAUCAAGGAUGUCACUUUCCUGAUCACUAACAUGGUAAAGAACCAGGCUUUGCAGGAUGGUUUGCUCAGGGCUGUGCAGGUCAUUGAGAAGGGAAAAGCAGUGAAGGCCCCUGAAAACCAAAAGUCCCCCCUAAAAGAGUUGAUACCAUUAGCCAGAAACUAACUUUACUCUAUGACCAAGGGAUUCUACUUCUAGUAGUUUAUCUCACAAAAAUGGGGGGGGGGGGUAGGAAACGUAUGUACAAUUUAUUAUACACCUAUUUUUAUAGCAAAAGUGAGGGGAGCCUUAAACAAAAUAUGAUAAAUUGAUACAAUGGAUACUUUCUGUGUAAGAGAAUGAAGAAGCUCUUUGUGUAACUGUACAAUGAUACAGAGCUAUCACCAAGAUGUGUUGUUUUAAAAUAUUUCCUAUAUAUUGUUAAAUGGAGGAAAAAAAGGGCAAAAAUGAAUAUCCACACACACACAUAUACAAGCCAAUAUACCCAUAAACUUCAUAAGCUUCUUCUGGAGAGAUAGAAAGUGGUAACUUUGGCUGUCUCAGGGAAAAAACAAAGAGGCUAGGGAUCAAAGGUAGGAGGAAUUCUUUUCACUGUUAAAGAAUGUACUGUUUUGUACAUUUUGAAUUUUGAACCAUAUGAAUGCACAGUAUAUUAAAAGACAAACCAAU